CUCUUCUCCCGCAGUUCAAAAGUAAAAAUCCAUUUUCUCGAUCGCCGAGCAGGCCAGCAUUUCUCAUCAAUAAUGGCGCUUCCGUCGGGGUUUCGCGAGAGACUGGAACAAAUGGAAGAGACGAGAAACCAGCGCCUCCUUCUCCUUGAGGCGGAGAAAGAGCUACAGAUCAACAAGUCUCGGGUAUUCGCCGCCAGGCUCUCGAGCGUCAGAUCCGCUGAACAGCGCUGCCUUAAUCUCGAGCGCAAGAUCGUUUCCCAGCAGUUACUUAUUUCUGCUCUGAAAUCUGAAAUCGAUCGUGUGGACUCCGAUCAUCUCCGAUCUCUUCAGAAAUUCAGAUCAACUUUAAAAGACUGUGGAGAUGGGGAGAGAUGAUGAUGCCUUUCAGAUGGGUGGUGGCAGAGGAUCCAAUGGUGGAGAUAUCUCAACUUGUGUGAUAACGAGGGUUGCUUCUGAGUAGUUUUUUUUCAUAUGGAAUAAAAUCUUUUGUAGCAAUUAAGUUCAUUCUACUCUGCAUUUGUUUUCCAUUUUGGUUUGUUCUCAUCUUGGUUUUGAUCUCUGCCUAUGCAUGAUUUAGGGUUUCGAAUCAGGCUUUUUGGAGAUCUAUUCGGUUUGAGAACUAACGAGGUGCUGUCCAAGAACAUUGGUUCCUUGCUGGGCUUCUCCUUUUCGUGUUUCUCAGUUUCUUUCUCCAGUACUAUUAUGUUUGUUCAUAGGGAGAAUAAUGUAGUGGCUCAUACUCUUGCUAGACAGGCUGACAGGCAGAAACCGAACGGUGUGCUACUCCUCCUGAGUUUGUAUCAUCUAUGGUGAUUCAUUAAUGGCUUGCUUUCCCUUCCAAAAAAAUUCAAUCCCUUUUAUUGCCCAAAUUUAGCUUCUCGAGCAUCUUCUCCUUAGCUAUUCACUACCAUGCAGUUCUCUUCAGCGAAAGCCUUUGAAUUCUUUGAUUUGUUCAGCAUUUACUAACUAAAAACUUCAGCGAAAGCCACCGUAGCUCAAGACCUGCUUAAGUAGUUUAUUGCAUUAUUUGCGUAGGUAGUGCUAGCAUUAACAGGUUGCAUCCUUCUGAAUAAGCCAAUUGAAGAUUUAUUAUCCCAGUUUGAGAUUAUUUG